AGCGCCCUCGAUGUUCGCGGGGAGCCACUAAAAGCGAGCGAGCGAGCACCGGCGGCGGCCCAGCGCCUGGCCGGGCUCCGAGCUCCCGUCUCCGGCGUCGCGCUGCUGCAGCCCCGCCGCUGCGCUCCUCCGGCUCGCCGCCUCUCCGCCGCCGCCUUCCUCAUCCCCUCCUCCGCCUCCUCCUCCAGAUUCGGACCCGGCAAUCUUCAUGGUUUGCGGACACCAUGCCCGUUGUUUAGCCGGGGAACCCUCAUCUCGUCCCGCAUGUUCAGGACCAAACGAUCGGGGCUCGUCCGGCGACUGUGGCGGAGCCGCGCGCCAGUGGAGGGCGACGGGGAGGCGGACAGAGGGACGCAUGGCCCCGGGGGCUGCUGCAUGGGCAAAGCGGCCAAGGUGGCGGCCAAGUCCCACGGCGGGUCGGAGGCUGAAUUGAAGGCGCUCACCCACUCCGUGCUCAAGAAGAUUAAAGAGAAACAAUUGGAGGUGCUUCUGCAGGCGGUGGAAUCCAAGGGGGGCGCCCGCAGCCCCUGCUUGCUGCUGCCGGGCAAAGUGGACGCCAAAGUGGGUCAAGUGUCUUACUCCCUCCCCAUGCUGCUCUACAAGGUGUUUAGGUGGCCCGACCUCAGGCAUUCCUCGGAGCUCAAGAGGCUGUCGUGCUGUGAAUCCUACGGGAAAGUCAACCCGGACCUCGUCUGCUGCAACCCGCACCACAUGAGCCGCCUCUGUGAACUCGAGUCUCCUCCUCCUCCCUAUUCCCGCUAUCCCAUGGAUUAUCUUAAACCACCAGAUUCUCCGGACUCAGGACCCUCAUCCAGUGAGACCGGGGGAACAACCUAUUCGGCCCCUGUGGGGCUUUCGGAUUCCCUGGCCAUACAGGAGUCGGGCGAGCGGUCCCACUGGUGUGUGGUGGCCUACUGGGAGGAGAAGACCCGCGUUGGGCGCCUCUACUCGGUCCAGGAGUCCUCCUUGGACAUCUUCUACGAUCUACCUCAGGGCAACGGCUUCUGCCUGGGCCAGCUCUGCUCGGACAACAAGUCGCAGCUGGUGCAGAUGGUGCGCGCCAAGAUCGGCUAUGGUAUCCAGCUGACGCGGGAGCCCGACGGCGUGUGGGUGUACAACCGAAGCUGCUACCCCAUCUUCAUCAAGUCGGCCACACUGGACAACCCGGACUCGCGCACGCUGCUGGUGCACAAGGUGUUUCCCGGGUUCUCCAUCAAGGCGUUCGACUACGACAAGGCCAGCAGCCUGCGGAGGCCCAAUGACCACGAGUUCACGCAGCAGCCGCGCACGGGCUUCACGGUGCAGAUCAGCUUCGUGAAGGGUUGGGGACAGUGCUACACGCGACAAUUCAUCAGCAGCUGCCCCUGUUGGCUGGAGGUCAUCUUCAACACUCGAUAGCAGCAGCCUCCCGUGCCCCGCCCCCUUCCUCCUCAGACACUAUCCCCACCCUCAUCCUCCUUUUUUUGUUAAGAAGGUUAAAAACAGAGAAAGUUAACGAAGAAGAAACACAAGACCUUCACAAAAAGUGACUCGAGUUAAGGAAAAUUAGAGGCGAGAAAUGUAUUUUAUGUUAUAUAUAAAUAUAUUAUUAAUUGUAAAUAUGAAGAUGUUUUAUAUGCAUCAUUAUUUAUGUAUUGUGCAAUGUGUUGAUGAGGAAAAAAUAAACUAAGAUGCACUUUGCUUAAUAUAAAUGCAAAACAAAGAAAUGCCAAAAUAAUUAAAAAAAAAAUAAUACACAUCUGUUUCUUGCUGGUUUCUUGAGACUGAGCUCACUCGAAAGACAU